GACUUUGUCAACAUGUGAUUGGUUGAUUCAUUUUUCAUUGGUGCAGGCGGUUUCUUCGGUUGUUUUUCUUUUCCAACAGUAUUGGUUAAACACAGACGCGGUUAAUAUUGCAAAAAAUAGUUUUUAUUUGUUUGGGGAAAAAAACAUGGAUGAGUCUGCGACACGUUUAUUACAGCGAAUCGUUCGACGGAUACCGACUCGGACGCUGAAGACAACGUUGGAGAAAUGGGACCGUCUGUCCGCAGCGCAGCGACUAUCCCUGGAUUUCACUGAACCAAAAUGGACAUUAUUACAAAAACUAGUCUCUUUUUGUGAGGAAAAUGAGUUCACAAUGAAACACAUCACGGAGCUCGAAAUGAUACAUGUCAUUGAGAAUCCAGACCAGGGAAUGUGGUACACCCUCCAGCUCUUAGACCCUGAAGAUGAUGCUCAAUCUGUGGAGCUGAUGAUGUUCAGGGAGCAAUUUAAAUCCCACCUCCAUGAGCUGAUAUCAAACGUGUCGGUGAAAAUAAAGCGGCACACGGAUGAAUCUGUUUGGAUUCGGAUCGCGUGGGGGGACGGCUUCUCUCGGAUCAACCACCUGAAACCAACKUAUGUUGUUCAUCAGCUUCAGUCGCCUUACGUGUUUGUGAGCAGUGUGUCUUCAAAGCGGAAGCCUCUGUUGUUGCAGGCAUUGACUCUUUCCACUCGACACCAAGCAAUUAAGGAUGCUAACCUCAGUGGACGGAAGCUGACUGCCAUCAGGGACCUGGUGAUGAGGCAGUAUCAACAAGUGUUUCCCUCAAAAUAUCCCAGCUGUCUGUCAGAGAAUGAUAAAGCUCUUGCAAACUUGCACAUAGAGAAAGAACAAGCUGAGGCUUCAGCAAACAGGUGUCAGCUGGCAGGUGAAGCCUUCGGGGGUGAGAAGUUACCCGAGCUGCAGUCAGCUGUGUAUAAGCUGGAAACUAAGUUUAGAGACCCCACCAAUGAGACCAUGAUGGAGAGGGAGGAACCUUUCAGAUGUGUUGUUAAAUUUACAAGCACCAACCUCCUGGAAUCACUGAAACACUGUGCUUCUACAGGAAUCGCCUCAACUCCUGUCACACCCCUGCUGUCGUCUAUUCCUUCAAAAGGAAGGAAUUAUUUCGUGAUCACCGACAACGCUCCUGGCGCCGCCUCACAAACUCGACAAACACAGAACUGAUCGAUGACUGACCUCCGACUCCAGCGAUGCUCUCUGCUCCUGUUUCUGACAUUUUCCAGUCAACAAUAGUGAAAUGUAUUUUAUCAGUGAUCAAGUUACUGAUUGGAAACGUUAGACAGAUCUUGGCUUUUCUGAACAUAUUAAUGUUUUAUUCAGACACUUUAUCAAUUUUUAUUUUGUGUUUUUUUGUAAAUAAUUUUCUGUGGUGUCUGGUUUCUGAAUAUGCUUUUGUAGAUCAAUAAGCCUCUCAAAGUUUUUUUUUUUUUUGAGGUAUAUCUGAAAUUUCUUAUUUUGUGUUUUCUGUAUGUUAUUUUAAAUGAGUUAAAUGAGUUUAAACAUUAAUGCUUUAAAUAUGAUUUAGCAUGGAUUUUAACCAAACUGUAUGAUGUGAAGUGAAUCUUUGAUUUUUGACACUUUUUGUUAUAAAAGUCUAAAACAUUGGUUAUGAAUUGAUGUUUACUGGAUAAUAAAAUGUUCAAAUAUUU